AUGUACCCCCGUACCACUGCCCAGGACCUGAUGCGAUGUGAUCUUUGUGAGACGGCUAUAGUACAGAUGCACUGUGAUAGAUGUCUCGCCAACCUGUGCAAAGCAUGUGUGGGAGAACACAUCUCAAAGGAUGAUUCCAAGGAUCACAAAGUUGUGAAUUUUCAGUAUAGGAAUACCACUCCCCUCUAUCCCGAUUGUGCCUCCCACGAGGAGGAACAAUGUGCGAUGUAUUGCCGACACUGUGAUAUUCCCGUCUGUCACAGUUGCCUAGCAACGAAUCAUCACCUCAGUCAUACGUUAUCAAAAAUCUUGCAAGUUCUUAGUGAAAAGCAAGAUAUGAUAAAAAAAGAGCAAACUGAAUUGCAUAAAAGAAUUUAUCCAACCUACAAGAGCAUUGCCUCUGACGUACAGAUCAGAAUAAGUCAGUUAGAGGAGGAAUAUGGAGAUCUCUCAGCAACCAUAACACAACAUGGAAAUAACCUGCACCAGCAAAUUGACCAACUUGUCUCGAAAUUUAAGGCUCAGGCUAAUGAAACUAAGGUCUCACAGCUUGAAUCAUUAAAAAAGCAUUUGGAUGACAUAAACAAAAAAAUUGACAACAUGAAAAUUGAAAUCGAUUCACUUGAUACCGCUGCAAACUCCAAUGACAUUUCAACAACAAUCAAUGUAAGAUCCAUUGUAGAUCAAUAUAAAAAGCUUCCACAAAAACUUGUAUCAUUUGUACCUAAAUUCAUUCCAGGGCCAAUUCAAGGGGAGGAACUUCAUAAACUCUUUGGAGCUUUAUUGUUAGUAUCUGAUACGUCAGAGGAGGAUGGUUACAGUAUGAAGACAACACAGGAAUCAUCAGAAGAGGAAUCCUUUCCUCCAGUCGGACAAAAUACAUCAGAAGCUAGAUCCUCUCCUCAAGCUAAACAACAAUCAUCAGAAGCCCGAUUCUUUCCACCAGUGCCGCCGAAACCACUAAAGAUGAACUUGUUCCCAUCUUUAGGCGAACAAAAACCACCUGAAGUUACUUCCCCUCCGUCAUUUGAAAAGAAAUCACCAGAAGUUACUUCCCUUCCGUCAUUUGAAAAGAAAUCACCAGAAGAUGGAUUCCCUUCCCCAGUGAUACAGAAAUCAGUAGAAGAUGCAUCCCCUUUUUUAAUCAAAAAGCUGCAGAAUGAACCACAGAUUUUUAGCACAAUAUCAAUAACACUUCUGAACUUAAGUCAAUCACAACCAGGUCUGGGAACAUCCCAACAGACUUAG